UACGCUCGAAGAAAAUUGAGAAAUAUUGAUAUUUUUAUAAUGAUUUUAAAGCGAAAAUCUUCCAUAUAUUAGAAACUAUAAAGUUUUAUGGUUUACUAUGAUGAAGUUUAACAAAAUACUUACAAACUUUAUUUUUUAUACCAAACAAAAUUUAAACAAUAAGCUCAGUUAACCUUCAGAUUUCCUUCAUUUGUACAUUUUUAAAAUACUUUCUCCAGUAAGACACAAUUUUGGCAUUAUAAAAUGAAUCCCUUUGCUUUAUAUCAAGACCCCAUUCUCAAUGAGGAGCUAUCCAUAUCGGGCUAUCGAAUCGGCAUGAAUAUGGUUCCCGAUGAAAUGGUAAUCUCCGAUCCAAUCCUCCUGCGCCACAUCCUCUGCCUAAUAAUAGUGGCCCAUAAUUUCUUUCACCUGUACCUCUGCUGCCGGCAGCUAAGAUUGUGUAGAAAGUCCAAAGGGCCGCCGUAUCAAUUAAGGGGAAUAAUGUCCGAUGAAGUCUUUACGGCCUCCAAGGAUAAGCAACUCCAUAGUUCGUAUCUGGAGAUUUUCAAUCUGAUCAUAGAUUCUGUCUAUAGCUGCCUGGACUUGUACCUCUCGACUUUGGCUUACUUUUGGGAACUGACAGUGGACUGGUACCGCUAUGCGGAAGAAACUUGGUUAAAUGUGACCUUUAUGGCCAUAUUAUCCUCUUACCUAGUGAUCCGAAUGUUGCCAUCUUUGUGUUAUGAGAAACUGGUCCUGGAUGGCAAGUUCAAUGUGGAUCCGGAAAAGUCACCGCCUUUGGUGGGUUUGAUCUGUGCUUUGGCUUUCGUUGUGGUUUUUCUUCAGAUAGCCAUCAUCCCAUUGACAGCAGUUUUCAUGGUCGUUCAGCAGUUAAGUGUUUGGCUUUUUAUAAUGGUCGGCUGGCUAGUUCUGGUGGGCAUUUCCCUACUCCUAUUGGCCUUUGUCGGAGUCUUUGGUGUGCCCUGUUUGGGCAAGAGUCGUCGAAUUGAGGGCGCGGAUAUUAACAUUCAUUUGCAGAAUGUUCUAGACACUUUCAAAUUUCCUGGUCGCCUUUAUUUAGUUCACACCUUCAACGUGGGACGACCCACGGCCUGGGUGAUGGGCUGUUGCUGUUGCCUGCGUUUGGAUAUCCAUGAUAACCUAAAGCUGAAUCGUGGUCUGGAUACGGAUAAUCUAGAUGAGGGUCACGUGGGAGCUGGUCUGAAUGAAGAGCAAUUGGCAGCCUUUGUGGCUCACCAGUUGGCCCACUGGCGUUUGUAUCAUGUGAUCAAGACCUUGAUCCUGGUCUAUUUGAGUCUUUUGAUAUAUCUUAUCAUCUUUGGUUUGUGCUACAAAUGGGAGACCCUGUAUUCAGCAGCGGGAUUUACCACAUUAUAUCCAAGUACUGUGGGUUCUUGGCUGGUCUACAAGUACGUAAUGCCCAUCUAUCAAGACAUCAGCACUUGGGUGGUCUUUUUCUUUAUACGACACUUUGAAAACGCCGCCGAUGCCUAUGUCGUCAAAGUUGGUUACGGCGAACUCAUGGCGAAUGCCUUGCUCAAACUCUUGGCGGAUGAUGAUGAUUUUCCGUAUGUGGACCAUGGCUAUCUAAUGUGGCAUCGCUUACGACCAUCGAUCCUGCAACGCCUCGUGAAUCUUAAGCGUUUGACUAGGAUAGAUGGAGUCUCGACUAUAUCAUUCCUUUAAGAAAUUUUCCAAAUUCCAAAAAUCUUAAAUAAAUAUCUUUCGAAUUUUCAUUCGUUAAGUUUAUAGAACUUGUUUAACAAAUCUA